GCAACAAAAAAGCACAGAAUAACAUCCCUGACUCCCUGCUCUGCUUUUUUCUCUCUCUCCCUGCGUCUCAGCUAGCAGACGAGGGCUCCGCUCACAGCUCUGCAGAGGCUAUGCUGAGACUGAGCCGGCGUCAGAAGCAGGAUCUCUGGCUGCCAUCAACAAGUUAGGGUUGGAGGACCACGGCAAUGAAAGAGAAGCGCUUGAUCUUCAAUUAACGGUCUGAGCUGACACCAUUGCGGAGGAAAGGAAACAAAAGGGUAAAAAAAAGAAAAAGAAGAAAAAGGGAGAGGGGGGGGGGUCUGAUCACUGGAGUCACUCUGGAUGCAACUGAUCAACUUAAAAAAAAUAAUAAUUUUUUCAAGGAUUCGUGGGCUGGAAGAAAAAGAUUCAACCUCUUCUAUGAGCCUGGAUUUUAAAGGACUAACAAAAUAAAAGGAAUAAACAUCUAGUCGGGACAUGGAAUUUCAUAUUUUGUUUGAAUUGGGUGGGUUCAGAAUUGCUUUAUUUCCCAAGAGGCUGAUUCCUUUUGUGCUUAAUCAAAAGGGCUUUUUCCCUUUGGAUUUUUCUUCCAUCUGGUUGCUCCAAGAGUCUGCGGAAAAGGACAGUUGAAUGCAGCCUCCGAUGUGCACAAAAGAAUGGGUUUCCAUUCAAGGUGGCCAUUGGUGGGACCUGCACCAGCGGCUCUGUCUGUGAUCAGCAUGCUCCUAGCGUGCCUGCUGUCUCCUGCGUUGUGCACAACCUGCCCUCAAAAAUGCCGCUGUGAGGACCUGCAGUUUUACUGCGACACCCAGGGGCUUAAGGCACCCCCAGAUGGUGUGGACAAGGGAGCCCUGGGGCUGUCAUUACGACACAAUAGUAUCACUGAGCUCAGCCCUGAUCAAUUCUAUGGUUUCAGCCAGCUCACUUGGCUACAUCUAGACCACAACCAGAUUACCACGGUACAAGAGGAUGCCUUUCAAGGGCUCUAUAAACUGAAGGACCUCAAUUUGAGCUCCAAUCGUAUCACCAAGUUGCCCAACACAACCUUCAUCCACCUCAUCAAUCUUCAGAUACUGGACCUGUCCUUCAAUCAGAUGACUGCUUUGGAGCCAGAACUGUUUCACGGACUGAGGAAGCUCCAGAUACUCCACCUCCGCUCUAAUUUACUUCGCACCACACCUGUUCGGGCAUUUUGGGACUGCCGUAGCCUGGAAUAUCUGGGCCUAAGCAGCAACCGUCUCCGAAGCCUGGCACGAAAUGGAUUUGCUGGGCUCAUCAAGCUUAAAGAGCUCCACUUGGAGCACAAUCAACUGACCAAGAUAAACUUGGCCCAUUUCCCUCGCCUUGUUGCCCUUCAAUUUCUAUACCUGCAAUGGAAUAAGAUCAGCAACGUAACAUGUGGCAUGGAAUGGACCUGGACCACGCUGGAGAAGCUGGACCUCACAGGAAAUGAAAUUCGUGUCCUGACCCCUGAUGUGUUUCAAACGCUGCCAAAUUUAAAAGUUUUGCUGCUGGAUAACAACAAACUGAGCAGCCUGGAUCCCCAAGUCUUGGAUAUGUGGCAGUCUUUGGGUAUGAUUGGGCUAUCCAGCAACCUUUGGGAAUGUACCAAAAGGAUUUGCUCUCUUGCCACUUGGCUAAGCACCUUUAAGGGAAGGUGGGAGCAUUCUAUCCUCUGCCACAGUCCUGAAUAUGCCCAAGGUGAGGAGAUACUUGAUGCCGUUUAUGGAUUCCAACUUUGUCAGAAUUUUUCAGUACCAGUCGUUCAGACCAUUAGUACAACAACAGACGCUACUAUAGCUGCAGAGAUCACAAGCUCCUUGUUUGGAAUUAUGCAGCCGACCCCCACACCGGACUAUGCAGAGGAUUUUGGGAGCUUUACCACAGUCACUACCACAACAAUCACAACACAAACAUCACGCACUGCUCAAGCUACUACUGCUCCAUUGGAAGAGGCAGCUGUAACAGAUGACUUCGCAACUGCAGACAACACUGUUAUGACUCAAAGGGUUAUCAUGGGAACUAUGGCCCUUCUUUUUUCAUUCUUUUUCAUCAUUUUUGUUGUCUAUAUCUCACGGAAGUGCUGCCCUCCUACCCUGCGCCGGAUACGCCACUGUUCGGCUAUUCAGAACCGCAGACAGAUGAGGACCCAGCAACGACAGCCUAUGGCAGACCUAGCUACGCAGGUACCCUAUAAUGAGUAUGAGCCCAGCCAUGAAGAAGGGGCACUCGUGAUCAUCAACGGCUACGGGCAGUGCAAGUGUCAGCAGCUGCCUUACAAAGAGUGUGAAGUAUGAACUCUUAUUUAUUCCUAGAGCAUAUGGUUUGUCAUUUGACCAUUUCAGAUGAUACAGGGUUUGAUUUUUUUGUUUUUCCAGUUUAUGUAAAAAGCAUAAUUUCUACAAGUGAGAUUUGAGAAUAUGUGAGAAUGCUACAAUGGCAGAGGUUGGCCAGUUACGGGACGUUGUAGAGAUAGUCACAAAUUUAUUUUUAUAUGAAUGCAAGGUUGUUCAUAUCAGGCAGGGGCAAUCAUUUUAAAGAAGAAAAUUGUAAACUGUGAGAUCUGUCUCCACCACUGUCUCUAUAUUCUGCAGCACAGAGAAACUACUUUGCCAAGUGGCCCUCUGCUAACAGAAUACAUUAAGGGAAGAUGUGAUUUAUGUAUUUUCUUUUAAAAAGUAAAUAUUUGAAAUGCUGUUUCUAACUACACCAUAGGCAGUCCAAGCCAAACAUUCAAUCACUGGGGCAAAUGAACAGAACCAAUUAUCAAAACAUUUUGUUUUGUAGCUUUGUUUUGAGAGAACUAUAAUCCAUUAAAGGGCACUAAGACCAAACUCAAAUUAUGAAUUAUAACUGUAAAGUAAAUGUCAUUAUUGUUAUGUUAUAAAUAAAGAAAUCAUCUGUUAUGGAUAGAAGAAUCCUGAAAUUCUAUUGAGUAAUCACUAAUGACAUUACGUUUAUCAAAUCUGACACGGUUCCACGGUUUCCCAUCAAGAAUACAUUUGGGUUGCCCAACUCAAAUAACAGAAAACAAAAAGAAGAAGAGAGGCUGUAUUUAGUAAGAAUGAGAUUUUGUUUUAUUUCUAAAAAAAUUUGGGUUUCCUCCAAAAAAAUUUCUGUGUGGAAAUGCAACUGCAAGUGUGGACUGAGAAUGGAGAAUUUAUGUUCAAUUAUAUAAAUUGGAAAAACUACCUCUUUAAUCAGACGUUACCCCCGUAAAUGCAAAGCUGUUUUGCAGCUGACUCAAGUUAAUGGAUGUUUGAGCUCCCACCCACGAGGGCUCAACACCACAAAUAAAUUCUCAAUCUGUGGGACAGACUGAGCAACUGUGAUUAACUUCCAACACACUACACUGCUUAGAAAAAACUCAUGGAUGUCAGCCUCACCCUAGACAUGGAAAAUGAUCUACAAUGAUCUGUACAUGAAUUCUCCAUUUUCAACUGCCAUACAAACUGUGACCACAAUAUUUCCAACAGCUUUAGGUGUUGAUUACAAUUAACUGAUGAGCUAUAUUAUACCAGGAUCAAUAUACAGACAAGCUAGUGUGAGGGUAGCAAGUGACAAACGGUAACAGCCAGCUCAAAUGCCAGACAGGAGUGCAUUUUAUUCUGAAUACAAAACCCCAGUAGCCUGUGCUCUUUACUGCUUACACACUAAUCAGUCCUGACAGGCUCAAGAUUGAACCAAUUAAAGCAAGGCAAAAUGAACUUAAUAUUCUGUCACCCACACCAGUGAUCUAGAAACAUUUAGUCAUGCUACCACUGAAAAAUAAUACAGUAUAGUAAUCCUUGUGACCAAAAAUCAUGUGUGAAUAUUUUUUUAAGGUAUUGUUCUUGUUAGCAAAAAAUGCAUUUCAGGUCCUAGGUUAGCACUAGAAAGUGUCAAGUUAAACUGCGGUCAAUACCCUGAGAGCAAAUGGAGAUCCAGUGAUAAGCAAACAGCAAGCCUGGGUCAGGACACAUUUGUAUGCAGCAGGGGGAGGAUGUGCAUUAGCAUCAGACUAAAGCUGCUGCAGUAGCUUCGCACUUCUUUGUGUUCAAUUUAGUAGUGGGGGCAGGGUGAAAGAGUGGGGCUGAGAGGAAUAGAUAGGACCAUGAAGACCGAGUUUAACAAUGGGGUUAUGUCUUUUUCUUAAAAUUUUCGAGCAUCCUUAUGGGCAAGUAAAAGUAGUAGAGAAUGGAAUGACAGAAUGACGGCACCUUAGGCAUGAAAUGUACACUGACCAGAGUAGCAGCAACUUCACAGCUAAUCAAGUGUUGAGCAGUCCAAUGUUUGAACACUGUAAAAUUCAAGUACUCAGUAAGCGAUUUUAUGAUAUUCUUAUCAAUUCCUAGGACUAGUAUUUUAACUCGUGUUUACUAAAGUCUGCAAUUAGUGAUGACAAGAUGCAGCACUUUUAAGUGAGACGUCUGGUUUUGAACAAUUAGGGUGCAGUUCAUUGGCUGAUGCCCCCUAUAGGUAAGGAGGAGGUACCAUUUGUGGCUUUGUCUUUAUAUUGAGCUUGUCAAAAUUUGGCUUCACACUCAAAUGAAUGCUUGCGUGUCAACGUGUCUCAGCACAUGCUCAUAGGAUGCCUACAACAACUUAAGAAAGUGCUUUUGUAAACCAAAAAUUGUUACACUUCAUGUCUGAAUUGAAUGAAAGCAUUGCAUAAACUGAUCAUAUUUUUAAAAGUCAAGCACCUCCAUUUUCUAAUUUAAUCUGUUUCCAGCUUAGCACUGCUUUAACUAUUGCCCUUCUAAUCUGUUUUGCAUGUUCAAGAGUCAAAAUUCAGUUGAAUAUUUCCUAAUCUCAUUCAGCAAACUUUAUGGGGAGACUUCGUUUUUGAUAACACCAAGUAUGGGGAUGUAUAUGGAAUUCCUAUAAAGUUCUGUCAAUCAUUAGACAUUUCACUGUUUAAGACUACAGUUGUACCAAGUGACUGAAAAUCCACAAAUUUGUAGAAAUAUGCAUCCCUUUGCACUCUGGCUCUUUGUAAUCUGUUUUUGUUUCCUCUUGUCAUCCUCUAGCCCUUGUUCCCACCCUGCCUAAAAAUUAAAAAAUGGAAAAUAGAGAAAAAAAAAAAAAGAAAAAAAAAAAAAAAAAAAGGAACCAAUCCCCUCUCUAACCCAACCUCUUUGUGCAAACUGAAUGCUUUUCUCUUCCCAUUUUCCUUUUGUAUUGUAAUAUGUACAAUUUCAUAUCUGUAUAGUGGAUAAGAUGUGCCAAACUGAAAAAAAAAAACAAAAAAAAAAAAAAAACAUUGUCCCCUCAAAACAUAUAUUUUUUAAAUAAAAUGAUUAUAAUUUACAAGGUGUUUGCCAACUGAUGGAUGCUCACAACUUGGUUUGGUCUGUAAUUGCACUUUAGUACAGUGUAUAAAUCGUGAUACUGCAAAAAUCUGAACAUCGACAAAGUGAAAUUCAACACUUGUUGAC